AAAAAAUCCAAAUUUUGUUUUUCACGACAGAAUUGGCUGUAGCACCCCACCAUCUGAUAACACAUUUAUUCUGGAUCUCUUCUUUUUCCGAGGAAAUAUUUUGUGUUUUCGUCUCCCUCCACUUCCUAUUGAAUCCGCGAUUUCUGUUUAUAAACAUUAAGUAGAUAAACGAGAAUUUAACUUGAACAUUGAGGUAAAAAGAUAAUUAAAAGGCAUUUGUUGCACUCAAUUAUUGAAAUCAAAUAGAAGUGUUCAUACCCGGCCUAGUGGUGAUGGCUGGACCAUAGAUGAAGAUGAAGAAAAUAAUGAGAUAUUUUAAUGGCGGCUUUGGAAAAAUGUGUUUUCAUUAUCUUUAAAUGGAGCAUAGAUUCCAAUUCAUGAUUUCAAUUAAACAUGGCUGAUGUUCAAGGUUACUUCAUUCUCUUUCUCAUAAGUGUCAUAUCCACGAUCUUCCUACCGGUGUUAUUCAAGUUGAGUCGUGCGAAGUCUAACCCUCGCAUCCCACCGAGCCCAUUUGCCCUUCCCAUCAUCGGGCAUCUCCACCUUCUCAGUCCAAGCCCUCAUCGAGCUUUUCAUAAGCUUUCUCUCCAAUAUGGGCCAGUUUUUCGCAUCUUGCUAGGCUCCAAACCUUGUGUUGUUGUCGGGUCACCAGAAACAGCGAAAGAAUUAUUUAAAACAUAUGAAAAUGUCUUUCUAGACAGACCCCAUAACUCAUCCAUGGAUUAUCUUGCCUACGGAGGCCGUGGCUUCAUCUUUGCUCCUUACGGAUCCUACUGGAAGUUCUUGAAGAAGAUAGUCAUGUCAGAAGUCCUCAAUGCUAAAACACUGGACUCCCUCCUUCCAGUUAGGCGCGAUGAAAUUCAUCGGUUUUUAAGAUAUUUAUCGGAAAAGGCCAAAGUUGGGAAGUCGGUGGAACUCGAAGGGGAGUUGAUGAAGAUGACGAGCAAUAUUAUGUCAAGAAUGCUUAUGAGCAACACGUGUACAGACGAAGAGGACGACACAGGGGACAUAAGAAAGAUAGUUACCGACAUAAAUGAACUCAUUGUAACAUUUAACCUUUCGGAUCAUAUAUGGUUCUUGAAGAAUCUUGAUUUGCAAGGGAUUGGAAAAAAGUCAAAGCGUAUUCGUGGAAGAUUUGAUGCCUUGAUAGAAAAGAUCAUGAAGAAGCAUGAAGAGGCAAGAAAGCAGAAGAAUGAGAAGGGAGAAGUUAAGGACUUGCUCGAUCUUUUACUCGAUAUCUCAGAAGAUGAGCGCAUGGAGAUAAAGAUGACCAGAGAAAACAUUAAAGCCUUCAUUUUGGAUAUAAUUGCGGCAGGAACAGACACUUCCGCCAUUACUACCGAGUGGGCUUUAGCGGAACUUGUAAACCAUCCCAACAUAAUGAGAAAAGCUGUAAAAGAAAUCGAGAAAGUUGUGGGAAAAGACAGACUUUUACAAGAAUCAGACAUACCGAACCUUCCUUAUCUCCAAGCAAUCGUGAAGGAAUCACUACGUCUUCACCCCGCAGCCCCAGUGAUUCUAAGACAUUCAACCGAAGAUUGCACUUUGGGAGGUUAUCUUAUUCCAGCAAAGACAAGUAUUCUUUUUAACGUAUGGGGUGUUGGCCGAGAUCCAUCCUAUUGGGAAAACCCACUUGAAUUCAGGCCUGAAAGAUUUGAAGAGAAGCAGUUCGAUCUGAGAGGACAGCAGUUUCAGUUGUUACCAUUUGGGAGUGGGAGGAGGAUGUGCCCAGGGAUUUCGUUAGGGUUGAUGCUGGUUCAUGUAACCCUUGGUUGUAUGAUUCAGUGCUUCGAUUGGAAGGCUGGAAAAGAUGGGAAUUUAACUAGUGUUGACAUGGAAGAGGGUAUCGGGAUCACAAUUCCUAGAGCUAACCCUUUGGUUUGUGUUCCUGUUACAAGACUUGAUCCUAUCGCAUUGUCUAUAUAAUAUGUCGAACAUUGAGUUCAAUUCGCAACAAGUUUUUCGGUUUAUCCGCCUAGAUAUGCAUGCCCUUCUACUUGGAACAGUCGUCAAGCAUUCAAGGUAAAAUAACUACAAACAUCCUGCAGAAAAAGGAAAAAGAGUGCUAGGGAAAACCAUAUGGAGAGUGAACUGAUCGGGAAAAUGUGUGAGCAACGAUAUGAGAAAUUUCAACAUAGCAAAGAACUAGAAGAGGUGGGGUAGUUUUAUUCUGCGUGGAAAGGAUGAGACUAAGGUUGUGGAAUGUUUUUUAAAAAUUAAACAUGCAAAUGGUGUUUCCUUUAUAAGGGCGCCAUUAAUAUACUACUUUAAAGGAUAAUGCGUUUAGGAAUAGUAACUUUUUAUGUUUCAUAGGUUAGCCGCAACGGUUUCCAAGAAGUUGUUAAUUUUGGUCCCUAACUUUUAUGAUUCAUAGUUUAACCACAACAGGUUCAAGAAGUUGCCACUUUUAGUCCCUUUUGUUUUAUGUAUUCCACUUUUUGUC